CGCAUGGCGCAUAUGAUGUGUCAAAGUCAAAGAUCAAUAACAUUAAACAACACGCUUUUGAAUUUAAAUCAAUUUGAUUUCAGUUAUUUCAGUUGAUUUUCAUUAAACCAAACUACUUGCAAGAUUUUUUGUGUUUCUGGGAUGCGUGGAAUUGAUAGAAGAAGAAGAAGGAUUUCGUGUUGCGUACGAAAUUAGAACAGAUUAUGUACAACAGUUCCGGUUUAAUACCCGCAAGAUUUUUAAUUCUAAUUUCCCAUUUUAUUAUUUCCGUUACUUUAUUAUGGAACAAGGAGGAGACGGUGAGAGCCUGUUCAAGCCAAACGAAGUCCAAUUCAGACCUUAUUCUAGAUCUAGACCAUUACCAUAUUCAGAUAUCUCGAUAGAGAGGCCAGGAUGGUCGCUGCUGCUGAUAGCGGCAGGAGUAUUGACUACUUUGGGACUCUCACUACCUGCCGGAUAUAAUAUCGGUGUCGUAAAUACACCAGCACAGUUAAUCAAAGAAUUUUGCAAGGAAGCAGUGAUUCAGCGGUACGGCGGACCGGUGGGCGCCAAUCAAUUGGAGUUAAUUUUUUCGACAAUAGUAGCUAUAUUCCUAAUCGGUGCUGCGAUAGGUUCGCUAUGCGGGUCGCUGCUAGCCGAUAAAAUCGGCCGAAAGGGCGUUUUGUACGUGUGCUCCGCAUUGGGCGCACUCGCAUCGAUUUGCUUCGUCUCAGCUCGACCAGCCGUCUCCUUGGAAUUGCUGUAUUUGGGCCGGCUGUUGAUCGGGCUUUGCUCAGGUCUUACGACGAGCGUGGUUCCUAUGUACCUCACGGAAUUGGCUCCAUUACAUUUGAGAGGUUCCACGGGCGUGUUGUGCCCGUUGGGCAUCACAAUCGGCGUUCUAGCGGGGCAAAUCGUUUCGAUGGAAGACAUCCUCGGUAACGAGCCUUAUUGGCCUUAUUGCAUCGCCGCCUACGUCGUUCCUUUAGUCCUUUGUGCCUUAUUGUUCCCCACACUGCCGGAGAGUCCCAAGUAUUUGUUCGUGAUCAGGAACCAGCAUCACAAAGCCUUCCAGCAAUUGAAGAGGCUGAGGAACACCAACGAGCGAUCGCUCGGCGUCGAAAUCGACGAUUUGAAGAAGGAGCAACUGGAGAAUAUGAAAAACGCCGGUGCUAAUUGGAACAUGCGAAGAGUGAUGUCCGAUAGAAGUCUCUUGUUACCGUUGAUAUUGGUUUGUUGCUUGCAAGCGGGGCAGCAACUGAGCGGUAUAAAUGCUGUGUUUUUCUAUUCGAACCGAAUAUUUGAAUCGGCCGGUUUGUCGCAGAAAGAAAACGAACUGGCCACGAUAGGAACAGGUUUGUGUAAUAAUUUCAUGGCUAUAUUGUCGAUUUGGACCAUGUCAUACUUCAAUCGGCGAUUUUGCAUCAUAGCCAGUAUGCUCUCGUCGAUUUUCUUCCUCGUUUUCUUGGGAGCCUCUAUUAUGUACAUUGAUUCGUAUUCAUUCGUGCCUUAUUUAAGUAUAGUGGGUACGUUGGGGUAUGUGCUGUGUUACGGUUUCGGCUUGGGGCCCAUUCCUUACUUCGUGGGAUCGGAGUUGUUCGAAGUGGGGCCGAGACCGAGCGCCAUGGCUUUGGGGAGCAUGUCGAAUUGGGGCGGUAACUUCGUGGUGUCCUUGACGUUUCCGAUGAUGCAGUACUACAUUGGCCCCUAUUCGUUCUUCUUGUUCGCUUCGAUUACUCUGCUGUUAUGCGGGUUCAUAAGUUAUUAUCUGCCGGAGACGAGGGGGAAAGACGUGAAGGAAAUAGUGGCCUUAUGUAAAGACGGUUUUCGUUCGAAGCCGCUUCAAACUCCAGUUCCUGCGCGUGUUCCGGAUUAUUUGAAAAUGUAUACCAACGGAAUUGUGUGAUAUAUGAAGUACUUAAAUCGUUACAUCGAAUUUAUUUAUUAUAAAAGCUGUGGUAAAAUUGCCAAAAGAGUUCGUAUAAUAAUUUUUUGUAGAAAACAAAUGGCUUUGUUAUAACCUUCUAUCGUUGUUUUGUUUUGUACAAAAAAUAUUUCGAAACAACCACACUUAUUUACUAGUGGAUUACUAAUGAGUUGUCAAUAAAAAUAAGCUUCUAGUUGAAGCCAGCCAUUUUAAAGCGAUUUUUAUAUUAUAUACUUUUGUGGAGUAGUAGUGCAUAAGUUUAGGUCAGUUAUAUUUGAAUUUCAGGAUAUAUUAUUCUGUUUCUUACUGGCUCAUUGAAUUGUCUCAAAAUAAGUAUAGUCUUGAAUGUUGUUAAAAAUUUUAUUCUAGGCAUUUAUUGCAAGCCAAACCGAAUGUUUUUUCUGGUAACUAUAACAAAAAACUACUCAGGGUUAUUCCCAGGAAAAGUAUUUUUUAAUUUAUUAAUUACACUUUGUUACCAAAGAGUUAAAUGUUGAGUAAUAAAUUCAAAUUUUUGGCUUAGAAUUAAUGUUUAUUGAAUCGACUAACAUUAUAUGCAUGUGAUUUUUAAGGUAACGUGCAAUUUUGAUGCUGCAAACGUACUUAAAAUUCGUGCUUCCAUAUUGUUUCCCUGACAAACGAACCUUUUUGUAUUAAUACUUUUACAAAUUUACAAUUGUUGUUGCUCUUUCUACAUUAUAAUAUACAUAAAUAUUUACCGAUUAAAG